GUCUAAUUAACAAUGAAAUCGACAAAUAAAUCAACCGAUUCAACCAAAGUUGGACUCUAUUUGGCUAAAUUGGUUACCGAGAUUAUCUAUCAUAUUGAACAGUUGAUACUUUGGAUUGGAAUUAUUUUCUCUGGUUUUUAUAAUGGAAUCAAUGUGAGACGAAGUGAUCCCAAUGUACGAUUAGAUGGAAAAGUGGCCAUUGUUACUGGAGCUAAUCGAGGAAUCGGUAGAGAAGCGGCUAAGAAAUUGGCCGCUCGUGGGGCUACCGUUAUAGUCGCUGCUCGAGAUGAGACCAUGAGCCUUGAUGUUGUUGAAAAAAUUCGCGAGGAAACUGGAAAUGAUAAUGUUCACUUUCUACUUCUCGAUUUGGCUUCUUUUGCAUCGAUUCAUGAUUUCGUCGAAACUUUUGGUCAAAUGUUUCCUCGAUUGGACAUUCUCAUCAAUAAUGCUGGACUAGUGAGUCCAGCGGAUAAAAGGAUCACCGAGGAUGGAAACGAAUUGUGUUUCCAGGUUAAUCAUUUGGGACCCUUCUUGUUGACUAAUCUUCUCAUUCCGAUUCUUAAAAAAUCAGCACCAUCGCGAGUUGUUGUCGUUGCUUCUGACCUUUCAUUUAUGACCACUCGAGUUGAUUUUGACAAUUUAAACUCUCAAAAAGUUUACUCUGGAUUCACUAAUUACGCUCUAACCAAAUGGGCUAAUGUUGCUUUCGCUCAAACUUUAGCCAACAAAUUGGAGGGAUCAGUCACAGUUAAUUCACUUCAUCCUGGGUCAAUUAAAACGGACAUUGUUCGUGAUCAUCAUCCCUUUUAUAUGAAAUUUAUGGCCUGGAUAACUGCAAGAACUUUCAUCUCGAUAACUGUUGACCAAGGGUCAGAAACAAUGUUAUAUGUUGCCACAGAUCCUAAAUUAGAUCAAGUUAACGGUAAAUUUUUCACUAAUUGUAAACUAUUUAAACCACCAAAGCUUUGUAAUGAUCGACAAAUUGUUCAAAAAAUGUGGCAAACUUCAACUCUUUUAACUGGACUUAGAGUUUAAUUUAUGUAAUAACAAUCAAAUCACAUAAAUUGCAAAUGUAUUAAGUCACAAUUAGAAUAAUUUUGUUAACAUUUGCUCAAUUUAAUUCCUGUUUUCAUAUCAACAAUUUAUUACUUUCUCUUUUUUUUUGUUAAAAUUAUGUUUCUCUCUAAAUUUUUCCCAUUGUAUAUUAAUAAUUAAAAUGUUCCUCUUUUAAAUUAAACAAUUAACAACAAAAUGAUAAAAGGAAACGAUGAAAAU